AUGGGUCAAAAAUUGGGUAGCAAUAAGGGACAUGAAAACCUCCUUCAGAAUCUUUCUUCAAUGAACAUAAACACUUUGGAGGAAGAUCAAGUCAAGAACAUUGCUGAGAAAAUUGAAUCUGGAAGAAGGGAUGAAGAGCUGCCACAAUUAACCAUCCACACUUUGGAAGAAGUCACCGUCAGGAAUUUUGUUCGAAAGCUAGCCGAAGGAGAGAUGUUCCAGAAUUGGGAGACCCAAGAAUCUCCAUUGCCAAACUUUAAAGAAUACAUAGUAGCUGUAGAAGAUGAGGAAUGGGAGGAGAAAAACAUAUGGGAAUUCACAAAAUUAAUAGAACAACACGAACAAGCUUGGAGGCCCGCUAAAGAGGAACUUGAAACCAUAAAUGUAGGUAAUGAAGAAAUCAAGCGAGAGCUGAAAAUAUGGACUUUGAUCACCACUGAAGAGAAGGAAGAGUUGAUUGCACUGCUUCGAGAUUACAUAGAUGUCUUUGCCUGGUCCUACGAGGAUAUGCCUGGUUUGGAUACGGACAUCGUAGUACAUAGGAUACCACUGAUGGAAGGGUGCAAGCCGAUUAAGCAGAAGUUAAGGAGAACUCAUCUGGAGAUCUUAAUCAAAAUAAAGGCAGAAAUUGAAAAACAAUGGAACGCUGGUUUUUUGGAAGUAGUCAAGUAUCCACAAUGGGUGUCAAACAUAGUAGUGGUACCCAAAAAGGAAGGUAAAAUCAGAUUUUGUGUGGACUUUAGGGACUUAAACCGGGCUAGCCCUAAAGAUAAUUUUCCUUUGCCACACAUAGAUAUUUUAGUUGAUAAUGCAGCGCGCAGCUCCACAUAUUCCUUCAUGGAUGGGUUUUCAGGUUACAAUCAGAUAAAAAUAACGCAAGAGGAUAAGGAGAAGACAACCAUUGUAACACCAUGGGGAACCUUUUGCUACAAAGUCAUGCCAUUUGGUUUAAAGAAUGUUGAGGCUACCUACCAAAGGGCUAUGAAAUUGUUUGAAAGGCUAAGGAAAUAUAAGUUGAGGCUUAACCUAGCAAAGUGUUCAUUCGGGGUGAAAUCCGGUAAGUUAUUGGGAUUUGUGGUGAGUGACAAAGGGAUAGAAGUGGAUCUCGGCAAAGUAAAGGCUAUUCAAUCUAUGCCACCUCCCAAGAUUGAGAAGGAUGUGAGAGGUUUCUUAGGAAGGUUGAAUUACAUUGCUCGGUUUAUAUCCCAAUUAACCAUGACUUGCGACCCGAUCUUUUGUUUAUUAAGGAAGAAGAACCCUGGAAUAUGGAAUGAAGAGUGUGAUGAGGCUUUUGAGAAAAUCAAGCAGUACUUGCUAAAUCCACCUCUACUUGUUCCUCCUGUACCAGAAAGGCCAUUGAUAUUGUACCUAACAGUAACCGAAACAGCAAUGGGAUGUGUGCUUGGGCAACACAAUGAAACCGAAAGGAAGGAAAUGGCCAUUUAUUACCUAAGCAAGAAGUUCACGGAAUAUGAGUCUAGCCGAAUUGCAAGAUGGCAAGUUCUAUUGGCUGAGUAUGACAUAGUAUAUAUGACAAGGAAAGCCAUGAAAGGGAGUGUUAUUGCCGAUCACCUGGCUGACCAUGCUAUGGAAGAUUAUGAGUCUUUAAACUUUGACUUUCCUGAUGAAGAAGUGCUUGCAAUUGAGGAAGAGAAAUCAGAUUGGUGGGUUAUGUACUUUGAUGGUGCUGUAAAUGUAUGUGGUAACGGAGCAGGUGCAGUGAUAAUCUCCCCUGAUAAGAAGCGGUAUCCGGUUUCAAUUAAGCUGCAGUUCGGGUGCACCAACAACACGGCUGAGUAUGAAGCUUGCAUUCUUGGUUUAGAGGCUGCAUUAGAGAUGAACAUCAAAAAGAUAGAUGUGUAUGGAGACUCAAUGCUGAUCAUUUGCCAAGUAAAAGGAGAAUGGCAAACCAAGGAAGAGAAGUUAAGGCCUUACCAAGAAUACUUGUCUAAGCUGGCUAGAAAAUUUGAGGAAAUAGAGUUCACCCAUCCGGGAAGGGAAGGAAACCAGUUUGUAGAUGCUUUGGCCAUAUUAGCAUCUAUGGCCAAGAUAGACUUUGGGCACAAGGUACAGCCGGUACACAUCAAUAUCAGAAAUAACCCAGCUCAUUGCUGCUCAGUCGAAAGAGAAGUGGAUGGAAACCCUUGGUACUAUGAUAUCAAGAAUUUCAUCCAAAACCAGGCAUAUCCCAUGGAGGCAUCCAAAAUCGACAAGAAGACCUUAAGGAGGUUGGCAAUGGAUUUUUAUCUUGAUGGGGAGAUUUUGUAUAAGAAAUCAUUUGACGGGACUUUGAUGAGAUGUUUGGAUGAAUUUGAGGCAAAAAGCACGUUAUGGGAAGUCUAUGAAGGGAUUUGCUCAACCCAUGCUAGUGGACAUGUGAUGGCUAGGAAGAUACAAAGAGCCGGUGACAAAAUCAAGGCCCCUCCAGCUCCUCUAUUUAACUUGACAUCUCCAUGGCCCUUCGCGAUGUGGGGAAUUGAUGUGAUUGGACCAGUAAACCCAAAAGCCAGCAAUGGUCAUAGGUUUAUUCUUGUGGCUAUUGACUACUUUACAAAAUGGGUAGAAGCUGGGUCAUUUGCUCAUAUGACGCAAAAAGUGGUGAAGAAAUUUAUUGAGAGAGAUUUGAUUUGUCGAUAUGGUCCACCAGAAAAGAUUAUAACUGAUAAUGCCUAUAAUUUCAAUGGCAAGAUGAUAAUAGAACUCCGUGCUAAAUGGAAAAUCAAGCAUUCCAACUCUUCGCAUAUAGACCAAAGAUGA